CUGGAAGAAGCUGCCAUGACCAGUCAACAGGAAAAAGUGGAGGAAGAUCACCUGCAGGAAGAGGAGAACCAUCGGGAGGAGCAAGAAGAGGUGGAACACCAUGAAGAGGAACAGGAGGAGCAAAAGAAGGAACUAGACGAGAGAUGUUCCUGCUGAAAAGAAAGAGGAUAUAGAAGAACUGGAGAAGGAGGUUCCUCAAGAACAGCAAGAGGAGGAGAUGGAACAGGAGGAACAAGAGGAGCAAAAAAGGAGCAAGACAAAGAUGGUCCUGCUGAAAAGAAAGAGGAUUUGGAAAGAACUGGAGAAGGAUGAUCCUCCUGAACAUGAAGAGGAAGUGAUGGAACUGGAGGGACAAGCGGAGCAAAAGCAGGAACAAGAGAAAGAUGUUCCUGCUGAAAAGCAAGAAGAGGCAGAAGAACUGAAGAAAGAUGUCCCUCUUGAAGAGCAAGAAGAUGUGGAAGAACUGGAGAAAGAAGAGGUGAUAGAACUGGAGGAAGAAGAGGAGCAAAAGCAGGAACAAGAGGAAGAUGUUCCUGCUGAAAAGCAAGAAGAGGCAGAAGAACUGAAGAAAGUGGUCCCUCUUGAAGAGCAAGAAGAUGUGGAAGAACUGGAGAAAGAAGAGGUGAUAGAACUGGAGGAAGAAGAGGAGCAAAAGCAGGAACAAGAAGAAGGUGUUCCUGCUGAAAACCAAGAAAAGGGCGAAGAACCAGAGAAAGAUGUUCCUGCCGAAAAGAGAGAAGAGGUGAUAGAAAUGGAGGAACAAGAGGAGAAGCGUGAUCUACAAGAAGAAGUUCCUGCUGAACAAAAACAGCAGCAGCCAACCCGGAGAAGAAGGGUUGCAAUCAGGCUCCAGAGGAUCUGGCGUUCCACCAAGAAGUUCUUCCGAGGGAUAAACUGUCGACGCCCCACUCCUGCGCCGUGAAUACCUUGCACCCACACUGGAACCCACACAAGCAUUCACACAUACACUUACACCUGCACCCUCCCUUCCACACACACAUACUAAAGGAAUCAUUCAGUAUUAAAAUAAACAUUAGGUAAAUAGAUAGGAUGUGCAAA